AGACGGAGAGAAGAAAGCGCAAAGGGUAGAAGGGAGCCAGGAGGAGGAGAGGAAUGAAAAGGGGGUAGAUAAAAAGUGUGGGUUGGGAGGGGGGGAAAAACACAGCCCCAAAACUGGACAACCUGAGACAGAGAGACAAGGCAGCAAAGGAAGGAAAAUUCAAGGAAAACGACUUGGAAAAGAAGGAGCCACAUCCGAAAGGAAAGGAAGAACGAAACCAGCUGGAGAGGACAAGAAGACUUGUCCUGAGCCAGAGCAUCAAGGAAGAAGGAAUCGAGGACCAAAAGACACAGCGGGAGAAGUGUUAAAAUACGGACUGGCAAGAAGCAGGUGCCCUGGGGCGGCAGCAAAGAGGAAAACAGUCAGGCAAGCGGAGUUUGGAGCUCUCCACCAUGUCCCAAGCAGGGUAUUUCGAGAGCGAGAGGCACUACCAAGCCCCAGACAUGCCCCCCGUGAGGCCCAGCGGCCACAAUGACCUGGCGCCCCUCUGCGAAUCGGAGCUGGCCUCCUACAUUGGCGACGAGCAGCUGCUCUCGGAAAUGCUUCAAGGGGCUCAGCAGAGGGGUCCCAAGGGGGGGCCCUUCUCCGGCUACUUCCCCAUGGAGCCGUACCCCUUCCUAUCCUACGGAGGGGAGCGCAAGGCCCUCGGACCUUUUGACCCACGGCCUGUUGCCGUGAAGGAGGAGCCGCGAGGCGGAGAUGCUGGACGGGGAGGCGGGCGCCCCCCUUACACCAUGCACUUCCCAGCCGCCCAGUGUGCCCAAGUGAACCUUGGCCCGCCAGGAGCCCGUGCCGGACAAGCGCUGAGAGUGCUCAAGGCAAAGUGA